AUGUACCGCAGAACCCCACAGAUCCAGCAACGUCUCUACAACAUGUUUUCCAGCUAUAAAGACUAUCAGUCGUUUAGCAACAAGGCCUGGGCUACCGAGAAUAACAGGAACGCCGAUUCGAUCGAAUCUCUACAUGACCUUGUUCACACGUAUAUCGGAUUGGGCGGCCAUAUGGCUUACAUCCCUCUUUCAUCGUUCGACCCUCUCUUCUUUCUUCAUCAUGCCAAUGUAGACCGCCUUGUGGCUAUCUGGCAAGUACUGAACAAUGACUCUUGGAUAUCCCCGAUGAGAGCAGAAGAACCAACGUUCGCUGCCCCUCGAGGAACUUUGCAAGAUGGAAAUACACCCCUUUACCCAUUUGCGGCUGACGAUAAUGGAAAGAUGUGGACUUCGGAUAUGGCCAGGAGCACGGAAUCAUUUGGCUAUACAUACGCCGAUACUGAUACCCAGACUGGAGACCUUCGAGUUUCGUUGAUCAAAAAAAUCAAUAAGUGGUACGGAGGUCACAGCCCUGCAAACAUGAGAGAUUCGCCGUUGCGACACCGCGCCUUUGACAGUAUGCCGCAUGCAAACCGCAGCGCAUCUGUUUUCAAUGUGACGCCAAGUGCUAAAGCACCAGAGAUUUCUAAAGUGGUUGAGAAUAACCAGUAUACAGAGUGGACAGCGAGGAUCCUCGUCAAUAUUGAAGCGCUAGACGGUGUACUGAGCGUCUAUCUGUUUAUGGGCGAGCCGCCCACUAAUGCAACGGAUUGGGGAAACGCCGCGAACUUGGUGGGAACCACAGCGAUCCCUGGUAUGAGUUCGAGCACUGGUUCUGCAGUCAGGGUCUCUUCCGCUAUCCCACUUACCUCGUCAUUGAUGAAACUUCUUGCGGCUGGCCAUGUUCCCAGCCUAGACCCCGAAUCUGUGGUGCCGUUUCUGGAAAAUAAUCUUCACUUUGCAGCACUCGACGGUAAAAACAAGCAGGUCAAUGCAACACUAAUUAAUGGCCUUCAUAUUGGCAUUGAUAGCGCUAGUGUUAGUAUGCCAGCAAGCGACGAAGAGUUGCCCAGCUGGGGAACAGCAGUAACAAGAAUAGAGUUGUUAGGAUGA